AUGAAGUUUGGGCAUAGCCUGUCCCGCAAUCAAGUCCCUGAAUGGGCCUCUUCUUACAUCAACUACAAGCGGCUUAAGAAGCUCAUCAAGACAGCCGUCGAAUCCGUCAAGAGUGGCGAGGACCCUGAUCUUGCAGGCAAGUCUUAUCGAUGUCAUGUGAGACCCUGGAAGCUUACAAAGCCCACAGAAUUCUUCUUCUCUCUGGACCGCAACCUGGAAGAUGUGGAUGGUUUCUAUAACAAGAAAUAUGCUGAGUACGCCCGUCGCCUGAAGCUCCUCCAUGGCCGUUAUGGCCGCGCUGCCCAAGUGCCGGAGGGCAUUGACAGGGACGAGAAGGAGGAUCUAAUGGGUGCGCUUCUUGAGGUUCGCAGUGCGCUACGCAAUCUCCAGUGGUAUGGCGAAGUCAACAGGAGAGGCUUCAUCAAGAUAACAAAGAAGCUGGACAAGAAGAUCCCAGGGGUGACGACACAGCAACGAUAUCUACAGUCAAAAGUGUAUCCAAAAGCGUUUGCGCACAAUAUCCCCUUGGGCCAAGACUUGAAGGCUAUAAACGACUGGCUUUCCGGAUUAGGCGAAGUGAAAACCUUCGAUGAUACCGGCUCUUCGCAUUCAGCAGCUUCCCUGGGCAGGAUCCCGGGAGCAUCUCUGAACCUUCCCUCAAUCCUGCUGGAUGGUGUUGAUCAGGCUAUUCGGGCCGAUGAUGCGCAGAGCCUCUCGCGCAUGGUAUCAGACAUCUCGACAAAGCAUGACCUUGCCGCUAUCGCUACUUCCGUUCAGCAGACUUUACUGAAUUUCCUUCAACGUGCCAUUUCGUGUCGCGCCAGGCUCUGCAUAGUCGCUUUAUUACCUCAUCUUACUUCUCUGGAAGAAACCGACGAUAUCAACAAACGCAACUGCAUCCAUCGUCUUGUCAUCGCCAUAGGGCGUGCAAAAACUGGCGAAACUCAGGGCUCUGAGGGCCAAAUUUUACCAGCGUCCUCUGAAUCAAACUUCAUUACCCCAGCUGCUGCUCCGAAUCGGCUGCCUGUAUUGGGGAGCACAAUUGAGAACGAAUCCAACGGGCUUUUGAGCGAUACGCAUGAGCCUGUACAGCUUCUCGAUUAUCUUCUCAGCCAUCUUCAGCCGUCGCAGCGAAGCUCUUUACGAUCGCGAGAUACUUAUGGUCGUCUCCCGCUUCACUACGCUGCUCAAUAUGGGUUUGUGGCAGUCCUACAGACUAUUAUCAAGCACAUGCGAGCUUGGGAUCAAUUCGACGUCACCGCGGGCAUCGAUUCUCCAGCCUGGCAAGACACAGAAGGCUACGCUCCCAUUCACCUUGCUGUUAUUGGCGGCCAUCCACUUGCCACCCAGACCUUAUUGGAAGCUGGUGCUACCGCAAAUUCUGCAACCACCGCAAUACCCAAUUCAGGCGCAAUGCUGGCUGUAGCUACACAGUCAAACUUCGUAAGGAUUGUCAAACUUCUAGUAGAUGCGGGUGUGGAUGUCAACUUCCAGAGUGAGCAAGGCGAAACUGCUCUACAUGUUGCUGCGCGUUUUGGCCACGACGAAAGCGCCAAAGCCUUGCUUGCAGGUUCCGCGCUGCACAAGGCCGAAGUGGACAUUCCCGAGAAAACCUUCGGAUGGACACCACUUUUCAUCGCUUGUGUCGAUGGCCAUGUCUCUAUAGUGCGGCUUCUCGUUGAGCAUGGCGCGAGUAUCGACCGCGCAGACAGCGACGGAUGGACGCCUUGUGAACAUGCUGCUCUUCGUGGGCACAUGGACAUCAUCGAGGAGUUGAAGCGGAUCGCUCCUACUAAGAUGGGAAAUGCGCAAGUCCUAGCUCCUCCAACACAAGUGACUUCUCUUGAAGAACGCAGGUCGAAGAAUCUGAGCAAGGAAAGCUCAUAUCAACAAAAGUCUAUCGAAUCGUUGAAAUCUUUCGGUCACCGAUAUCUGACUGAUCAAACCAUGAUCCUAGUCAGCCUAGGUUCAAUGGACCCUCGCAAAGAUGUCCCAGCGGUGAAGCUGGAUGACAUUCCAAUUUCGGACGCGCACGCCACACAGCUGGACACAGCUCUUUCCGUUGUUGUAUCGGCCUCGGGCGCAGAGGGAGAACCCACAGUUGCCGACCUUCCAGUCCAGGAAAAUAUUAGUACGGAGCCAAUCACGUUCAAGACCAAGGACAUCUCCAAGGUCAAGAUUCUUUUCGAUAUUGUACCGACUUAUGCCGGAUCAAACGACCGCAUCGUCGGGCGCGGGGUCGCUCUUCUGUCCACGUUCAAGACUAUCCUUGGUUCGAAGCGAAUUCCUUUGCAGGGAGAUCUCAGCGUCCCUAUUGUUGCAGCGAGUACUAUGGACGUCAUUGGAUCCGUCAACUUCAAUUUCAUCGUCAUCACGCCCUUCUCUCACCCGAAUCUGUCUAUCACGGAGCAGCACACAUAUUGGAAGACGGUAGAAUCCACUAUGGUUAUUGGGCAUAGAGGCCUUGGAAAGAACACCGAUCAUCGAGACUCUCUUCAACUUGGGGAAAACACCAUCUCAUCUUUCAUCGCAGCGGCAAACCUUGGCGCGGAGUACGUCGAAUUCGACGUCCAGUUGACGAAAGAUCAUGUCCCCGUGAUAUACCACGACUUCCUCGUGAGCGAGACUGGGAUCGACGCCCCCGUUCACACCUUGACCUAUGACCAAUUCAUGCAUCUCGGAAGGCGUCAGGCCCCGCAAGAAUCCAAUCAUCGCUCCCCAGAACGCAGCGACAAAGUCGACAACCCCACAGGCCGAGGAGCCACGCGACCACGUUCCUAUUCCAUGGAUCACGGGCAACAGAAGAAGAUGCAUGCGUACCACGAAGCACAGCACGUCGAGCGAAUAAAGCACACACGCGACUUCAAAGACAAGGGCUUCAAAGGCAACCUGAGGGGCCAUUCUAUCCAGGAGCCAUUCACCACUCUAGAGGAGAUGUUCGCGAAGCUACCCGAGAGCGCCGGCUUCAACAUCGAAAUGAAGUACCCCAUGCUCUACGAAUCCGAGGAGCAAGAGAUGGAUUCCUACGCCGUCGAGCUCAACUCGUUCGUCGACACGGUGCUACGCAUGGUAUAUGACAAGAUGGGCAACCGCAACAUUCUCUUCUCCUCCUUCAACCCCGACAUCUGCCUCAUGCUGUCGUUCAAGCAGCCCUCCAUACCAGUCCUUUUCCUCACCGAUGCCGGCACCAGCCCCGUGGGCGAUGUCCGCGCAGCGAGCUUACAGGAAGCUAUUCGGUUCGCGAGUCGCUGGAAUCUCCUCGGCAUCGAGACAGGGCUUGUGUGCGUUAGCUACGGCACGAAGAACAACGAGCCGAAGAAUGUGCAGAUCCAGAAACAAGAAGGUAUUGAUGCCGUCAUUGUCGACGCAGUCCUCAAGGUCCGAAAGGGUCUUACGGCUCCUGCUGAAGACGUCACGUCCGUCAAUGGGUCUGCGACAAGCGGUAACCUGACGGCCUCGACGGAUGCUUCGGUCGCUGCUGAUAGUGGCGUGAGUACGGCGUCUUCGGAUGGUGGGCGAGACGUGACGCAGGCUGUCGCUAACGUCACUAUCUGA